UAAUUACCGCUGCAGAUAGCAUAACACCGAACGCAACAGAGAUUCGUACCACAGAGAUUAUAACACCGAACACAACAGUGAUUCCUACCACAGAUAGCAUAACACCGAACACAACAAUGAUUCCUACCACAGAUAUUAUAACACCCACCACAACAGUGAUUCCUACAACAGAUAGUAUAACACCCACCACAACAGUGAUUCCUACAACAGUGAAUAUAACACUAAGUACAAGACUAGUUUGUAUGCAGACAAGCACAAGAGUGGUUGACACUACAGUUUGUAUCCCAGGGGCCACAACAGUGAUUCAUACCACAGUUUGUUUAUCACCAACCACAACAAUGAGCAAUAGUGUGACACCCAGCAUAACAGGUACAUGUACUAUUGGUAUAUUGUUUAUUUUAAUGUUUUAUGUGUAAUUUUUGACGCGUUCCAAACUAUCUUUGCAUUUCGAAAAUUUUUUCACACAGAAAUAGCAUCAUGAGCAAAAUUUUGCAAGCACCAGAAAGUUUCAUUCUAAGUAGUGGAUUCAUGCUGGGAAAACUACCGUCUCCCAAAUUAGAAGUACUGCAGACUUAACCCGAUAGAAUUUUACAGUACAGAUGUUUUAGAAAAAGUUCACAAAUUGUAAAAUAGUCACUAGGCUGAAAACUCCGCAAAAUUUCCGAAACAUUGAUGUGAAUAUUGAUAUGUCAGGUUACAUAUAUUCUUCCGAUUUUCCUGAUAUUGAAAUUAUUCUAAAAUUUUAUUAAAAUCUAUUUAAAGGAAGCCUGUAUUUAAAAACCACAUUUAAACUUGUGAUUCAGUGAUCACAAGUUUGGAAAGUGUUUUAUGGGCUAACAAAUUUUCAGAAAAUUUGCUGAUGUUUCAGCACAUGGAGGACCUCUAAAUGAAGCAUGACUUUUUACGCGUAAUUUAAUUUUUAAGGCAUGCGCAUUGCAUGCUGAUUUCAUUACAGUCAUUAGCCUUUUUCCGAAGUGUCGACACCAUUUCCUGACAGUAUCAAAUCCUCAUAAAUUUUAUCACAAGAAAAUAAAUAUGUUUGAUUUGAUUUAGAUGUAAAAACUGUCAAAUGUUUGACAAAUUCUGCUACUUUAUUUACAAUUGUAACAAAUGAGCCUAGCGCGAAUUCAGUGUUGCGGAUAAAAUUGGAUAUCUGGUAUUCCGUUUCUCCACAGUCAUGCCCAGGACUCAACCUGCGACGAGGCAUACUCUGCGUACGAAAGUGGCCAAAUCAUGAAAAAAUCUUGAAUAAUAACAAUAAUUGUGGUUUCUUGAUACAUCAAGAGCUAAGCGAAAUUACAAUGUACGCACACAGAUUAAAGUUGAGUUAAAAUCCUAUUAGUCUUUCGUCUAAUUCUUUGUAAGGAAAUAAGGUAUAAACUCGAUUUCCCCGCCUGUCCCAUUGAAAGCUUCUAGCGUUUCUCAUUGAUCAGUUUCAAUCCCAAUUUAUUCCACUGCUGACAUUCGCAAUACUUUGUUGAGCUGCUGGAGGCUAAUCCUUAAAUUGUAGCCAUACGACCGCUGUCACUCAUGCCAUGUCAAUCAACUAGCUCUCUUUGUUCCUGGAUAAAAAUAGGCGAGCGGAAUUAGUACCCACGCUGCACGUUCUGCACGUCCUCGGGGAUAGAACGUUUGAAAGAAAUGUCUUCAUGCAGGUAUGAUGCUGUUUCAAACACAGUUACUUAACUAAGAAAUUCUCGGAAAGACGCUCGUAAUUGAUGUGAGCAUGACCUAUAAACAAUUCCUAUAAACGCUUAUUACCUCGGCCAGAAGUUUACGUUUUAAACCACGUUUCUAUUUUCCCGGGAGUGAGUUUGUCUAUCAGCUCCAUAAUUUCAAAAGUAUCAACCAUACUAAUACGAAAGUUUAUGCGACUAUGAACCGCAGCUUUUUUUGUUUUCCUUCUACAUUUUGACCUCUUUUCCCACAAGGCCAAAGUAUAAAAGAACAAGAUCAUACAUGCUUUUCAUAGUAUAACCAAGACCUCCCAAAACUAAAUCUAAUCAUAUACGCCUGAAAUACCUGAUACGCUACAAGGUCUUUCAGUUGCUUCAUGACAGCAAAAUAAUUUGUCGCAAACCUCCUCUAUAGACUAUAUAGACUAUAGAUAUAGUAUAGUUUUAGGAAAAACUGCUCAAAGUGUCGAAACACGCAGCCAAAGUCCAUUCUCUUUUCUGUUAAAUUAACUACAUAUAAAACUACACCAAAAACAUAUAAAAUUUGCUGAAAUACUUCAACUUUCCAUUUUGUCAACCUCGUCCUUGUUUUAUAUAAGGCGCUUAAAAGACAAUAAGUUUUAAACCGACUGAAGUAACUACACGGAGUCGAGCGUUCGGAGAAUUUACCACCUAUCUCUGCUUAUAUUUGUUUCAGUUAGUCCAACACCGUCCACUACAGAUACUAUAGUUAGUCCAACACCGUCCACUACAGAUCCUACAGUUAGUCCAAUACCAUCCACUACAGAUCCCACAGUUAGUCCAAGACCAUCCACUACAGAUCCUACUGUUAGUCCAACACCAUCCACUACAGAUCUUACAGUUAGUCCAACAUCAUCCACUACAGAUCCUACUGUUUGUCCAACACCAUCCACUACAGAUCCUACAGUUAGUACAACACCAUCCACUACACAUCAUACAGUUAGUCCAAUACCAUCCACUACAGAUCCUACUGUUAGUCCAACACCAUCCACUACCGAUCCUACUGUUAGUCUAACACCGUCCACUACAGAUCCUACAGUUAGUCCAACACCAUCCACUACAGAUCCUACAGUUAGUCCAACACCAUCCAUUACAGAUCCUACAGUUAGUCCAACACCAUCCAUUACAGAUCCUACUGUUAGUCCAACACCAUCCACUACCGAUCCUACUGUUAGUCCAACACCAUCCACUACCGAUCCUACUGUUAGUCCAACACCGUCCACUACAGAUCCUACAGUUAGUCCAACACCAUCCACUACAGAUCCUACAGUUAGUCCAACACCAUCCAUUACAGAUCCUACAGUUAGUCCAACACCAUCCAUUACAGAUCCUACAGUUAGUCCAACACCAUCCAUUACAGAUCCCACAGUUAGUCCAACACCAUCCACUACCGAUCCUACUGUUAGUCCAACACCAUCCACUACAGAUCUUACAGUUAGUCCAACACCAUCCACUACAGAUCCUACUUUUAGUCCAACACCAUCCACUACAGAUCCUACUGUUAGUCCAACACCGUCCACUACAGAUCCUACAGUUAGUCCAACACUAUCCACUACAGAUCCUACAUUUAGUCCAACACUAUCCACUACAGAUCCUACAGUUAGUCCAACACCAUCCAUUACAAAUCUUACAGUUAGUCCAACACCAUCCACUACAGAUCCUACAGUUAGUCCAACACCAUCCACUACAAAUCCUACAGUUAGUCCAACACCAUCCACUACAGAUCCUACAGUUAGUCCAACACCAUCCACUGCAAAUCCUACAGUUAGUACAACACCGACAACUCCAGAUACUACAGUUGGUCCAACACCAACCACACCAGGUACAUAUAGUAUCGGUAUAUUGUUUAUUUUAUUUUUUGUGUGUAAUCUUUGA